AUGCAGAUAGAAGAUCUGAGUCAUGAGAUCGCCUAUACAGCGCUGCUCAACGGAACCACCAAUUCUGACCUACGGAAGGAGUUGCUGUCCAAAUCGCAAAGAUCAUUCACUGCACUAAUGACUAUCGCACACACACAAAUUAGAGCGGAUGACUGCCAAAGAGAAAUAGCCAACCGACACAGAGGGAGAACGGAGGAAGGAUCAUCCUCAGAAAGAAGGAAUAAGGAUAGAGCUAAUGAGCGAUCGCCCAAUGGAAAAAGGUUCGGAGACAAAGGAAACGACCGUUUUAGAGACAACGGCCACACCACAAACGAAUGCUGGCACCUAAAGGAGGAGAUUGAAAAGCUGAUAGAAAGAGGGUCCCUUGCUCAGUUCAUAAAAAGGGACACCGAAACCAAAGAAGCGGAAGUAGACCGAAAGAGAGAACGCAGGGAAGAAGCUUCCCGAAGACCCAGGCCGGAGCUAGCAGGUGUAAUAAAUGUGAUAAUGAGUGGACCAAUGGGAGGAGACAGUAAUACCACUAGAAAAAAGGCGGCCAGAACGGUUUAUUCAGUGAGUCCGGGUGCACCAGACAUAAGGAGGUUCAGAAGCAUAUCUUUCUCAGAGGUCGAUGGUCACGGCUUGUCAUUGCCCCAUGAAGAUGCCCUAGUGGUAAAAGGGCGACUCAAUAACUUUGAAGUAUCCAGAAUGCUGGUAGAUACGGGAAGCUCGGUGAACAUGAUCACGAUGGAAGUGUUCAACAUAGUAGGACUCAAAAAGGAAAAUCUGACACAAGUAUCCACUCCAUUAGUGGGACUCGGUGGCAAAUCUGUGCAUGUGGAAGGAUCACUGGAAAUAGAUGUCCAACUGGGGGAUAGGAAAUAUCUAUAA